CAAGGAGAGCUCAACUCCUUCCUCUGGACCAUCCGCCGCGACCCCCCUGCCUAUCUCUUCGGCACCAUCCACGUGCCCUACACGCGGGUGUGGGACUUCAUCCCCGACAACUCCAAGGCCGCCUUCCACGCCAGCUCCAGCGUCUACUUCGAGCUGGACCUCACUGACCCCUACACCAUCUCGGGGCUGGCCAGCUCGGACCAGCGGGGAAAAGGGCUCUACGCCGACUACCUCUUCAACGCCAUCGCUGGCAACUGGGAGCGCAAGAGGCCUGUCUGGGUGAUGCUCAUGGUGAACUCCUUGACGGAGACGGACAUCCGCUCCAGAGGGGUGCCGGUGCUCGAUCUCUACCUCGCCCAGGAGGCCGAGAGGAUGAAGAAGACGACGGGUGCAGUGGAGAGGGUGGAGGAGCAGUGCCACCCGCUGAACGGGCUCAACUUCUCCCAG